AUGCAGCCGCUGACCUUGGGGUUAGUUGCUCCGGUGGUGACCACUGAGAUCAGCCUAGCUAGUUCUAUCUCCGAUGAAGUACAGGCUGUUGCAAAAGGCUGCGCUUUCGCGAUUGAUGAAGGUGACACUUUGCAUGACUUAACCGAGCUGAUCAAAUGCCUCAUUGCCAUGCCUGCGAUCACCCAGGGAUUGAUUCGCCUUGUCAAAGCGGAGCAGACCAAACAUGCCAACCAGGUGGUGAUCUAUCUGGCGGUGCAGGACUUCUUGCAGAAGAGGGAGAGCGAGAAGUUUGAGAGGGAGGAGGCUGAGAGGCAGAAAGAGGAGGCGAGGCAGAAGAGGGCCAAGGCCAGGGGAAAGAAAAGAAAUCGACGAUGA